AGUGAUACGCAAGGUUUGUGUUGACGGAGACGAAAGGGAGGAAUCCCACAACGGAACUAAGUAAAUGUAGUUGAAGGGAUGGAAUCAUGACAAUAAUUCGGUUUCCAUCGAUUGACACGGACACGAAAAUAUACACGAACCCUAAUUCGGUCUUAGUCGAUCAAUCGGGUCGGCAAUUUUACCAAAUUAUCAUCGACUGCUUGGGAACUAUCAUCUGUCACAGGUUCGAUAGGCAUGUCUGUUGUCGUCUGUACUCGCGGCUCCGAUUGUAAAUUCGGUGGUAGUAUCAGGUGCCCAGAUAUAGCACUUGCUUUGUGUCCAAUCAACAAUUCUCCAUCUUCGCAUCUUCCGACAUUCGUGCUUUUCGUUUGUUCGGGUGCACCUGGCUUUGCAUUGGCACAUGGUGACUAAGAAGCUAAGAAUAUCGCAUUCUUUUGGAAGAGUAUUCUGACAGUUAUGGAGGUAGCAGAGACUGCUGUUUACCCCAGUGAUGGGAUGCUCGUUUCAACAGAACAGGGCAAGAGCACAGGACGAAGAUGGCAGAAACACUGGGUACCUCAAGAUACUGUGCUGGGAAGCGGCAAAUGCUCCUUGCUUAAAUGGGUUACUGAGGAUGUCUUGAAUCUUUUGAGCACACGUGGGGAGCCUGUGGAAGAAGAACAGGAACCUGCAGACGAGCAUGAAACCGUUUAUCUUUGCACCUUCGAGGGUUGUGGGAAGAUUUUUCCAGAAGCAUCUGGAUUGAGGAAACAUGCACACGUCCAUGGAGAAAAACAAUUUAUCUGCCAUUAUGAAGGCUGUGGGAAGCGCUUUGUGGACAGUUCGAAGCUGAAAAGGCAUUUUCUGAUUCACACCGGUGAAAAACAUUUUAUUUGCCCGUUCGAAGGAUGUGGCAAGGCAUUUUCUCUCGACUUUAACUUAAGAUCCCAUAUGCGGACACACACAGGCGAGAAUUAUCAUAUUUGUCCAUUUGAGGAGUGUGGAAAGCGAUAUGCACACGAGUACAAGCUGAAAGCUCACUUGAGGACCUAUCACGAUAAGAAUAUACCCGAGACGAACGUAGUGUCUCCGCAUACUGAUCCAGAGAGGGAGAUUUUUGUGCCGACAAAGUUUGUACCCCCUCCUGUUAUUACCCCCAGCUCGAUUGAGAAACCUUUCGGAUGUCCAUUUGAAGGGUGUUCCAAAAGAUACAUUCAUGAGUACAAACUGAACCUACACUUGAAAAGUGCGCACAUGGUUCACGACAUAUACGAAGAUGGGUCUCGACCAGGAAGAGGGAGUGACGGCGAGGAUGAUGUAGAGGAAGUAAGUGAUCAAGAUAUGCGGGAAUAUGAAGAACCCGUUCAAAGAUAUUACGAACCUACUCCACCAAAGGUAGGCCAGCCUUCAUCGAAGAAACGAGGCUCGAGAGCACCUUUAAAGGGGAAGUUGAGGAUUAUUGAAAAACCACCGGCUAAGAGUGCGAAGAGGAAACGUCCUGCAGUGCCUACAACUAUGAAGCUGAAUGUAAAACCGCCUAGUGCUGGGAGAAAUGUGGUUGCCAGGCAGGAAAUAGCUGAAGAUAGUGAGGAAACUGAGGAUGAAAAUGAGAACACCGAAGAAGAAGAUAACGGACAUCAGAUGGGUGGCAGGGGUAGGGGCAGGGGCGAGGAUGAUGACGAAGAAACUGAGGAUGACAUGGAUUAGUCCGGAAGUUAACCUUUUCACCAAUUUGUAUCGAACGGAUUUGUCACUUAUUCCUUGUGUUGCCUUGUAUAUAAUUGCGGCCCUUGUCGUGCUUGUAAUUCAUAUGGUUGGCCAA